AUGGACAAGUUGAGAAAGAGUUCUGGAUUCAGGAAAAAUAGCUCAGGUACAUCUUGGAAACCAGCAACCACACCUCUGGGGCAACCAGCCUCAGCUCCAUCUGUGUCUCUUGGCAGGACCCAACCCAGACGACCUGUCACUGCACAACCAGCUACUCAGGCCUGGGCAGAUGAGCAGGCACCACUGCAGCAGGACCAGGUUCAACAGGAUAAGAUCUGGAGAGACCUGGUGGAGGCUGAACAGAGAGGAAGAAAGAUGUGGUACCAGAACUGGAGUUUCCUGAAAGACUAUGACCAAAUGGGUAAGAAAAAGGAGCAGAAGCCACUGCCAAAUUAUAUUCCUGUGUUCUCAAGCAAAGUUCCCAACUCAACCAACCAGACUAUUGGCAGUCGAAUGAAUACCGAACUUGGCAAGGCUCUGGUACACAUGGAUUACUUCUUCAGCAGUGGAGCACGAAAGAGGAAACUUGAGGAUGAACUCCAACCUUCCUAG